GCGCAGAAGAAUUGUGUUUAUUUUCUCUUGUGUUCGUUGUUUCCGGCUGCACGUCCGAUAGUAAUUCGCUAUUAAUGCACGCUCAUGUUGAUCGGUUCUGCUCUGGUUCCUUCCGACUGACGGUGUGGAGAUGGCCAGCUCGGAGCUCCAGCACAGAACUGCAGCCCUGCCCCUGUCCGCCCUGCGCCUCGUGGUGCCGCCGCUGCGCCUCAUGUCUGCUUUCCUCUGGCAAGUGGUCCAGAGGCACAACGUGACCCAUUACAGCAAACUCGAGCAGUUCGUCAUGCUGGUGUCUGAGACAGUUCCAGACAUCAUGAGCCAACAUCUGCUCAACAAGCUGGUCUUUCAUUUACGGAAAAAGGUGAUCUUGGAGUUGUGCUUUAAAGAAAAAACCCCUGAUGUGUGGAUAAUCCAAGCUCACCUGGACACACUACGCAACCUGACCAACAGAUCCAGUGACAUCGAGAGCGAAGUCAUGAAUAACAAAUUCAUAAAGAUGAUCCAUAACAUUCUGGAGGAUGUGGAUAAGCGGGAGAGCUUUCAGCAGAACGUUCUUCCUGUGGAGUACGGUCCUGGAUACGAUGCCGUGCUGCAAAGCUUAGCCUGGGAGUUCCUAACUCGAGUGGAUGAACUCCUGCCUGUCCCGAACCUCAAAGAGACAGCGUCGUGGCUCUGCGGCGGUUUGUCUGCCAUGGAAGACAUUGUCCAGCCUCUCUCAGACCCGGUGGAGCUACAGGACGUGCUGCAGCAUUUCAAAUCCAAGAGGCAUAAAAGCAGAAACGAGCCGACCUCGUCUUCUCCCUGCAUUCAACAAGAGGUGGUGUUUCCUGCCAGUUCUGUGGAACAGGAGAAAAUCUUGCCUCCUUCAUCCGUCGCACAAGAAACCAUCAUCAUCGCUCAGGCACUUGGUGAAAAUCAAUCGGAAUCUGACCGCGCAGCUGCAACCAUAAUGAGCCCCGAGAACAGCGACACCGAGGAGACGGAAGUCGAGACCGAACUGCAAGAAGAAGCGGUUUAUCAAGAGAGCAGCAUGGGGAUGUGUGAAGUCCAGCAGAUCUACCUCACCGCAGACGGCUCUACUGUUAUCGUCUCGGAAUUGGACAACGGCGGAGGGGACGGCUCUCAGCUGCAGUUUCUAGAGCAGUCUGACGAAGGGGAUACUCCUGAAGUCAGGGAAAUCAGCAUGGAGGAGUGGAUCUCGGAGAUAGCAGGGAAAGUUCUCCCUCUGUCGGUCAUGCCGCCGUCUUCUGACAUGGACGUCCUUGCAGAGGAAACGGCGUUCGUCCCCGUUAUCAAAAGACCACCGUCGAUAAAAUCUAUCAUCAACAGAAAAAGUUCUCCUUCUCAGGGUGCAGCCAGCAGAAAGGUCAUCGCGGUGCCCACGGAGUCCCAGGCGGAGCAAGACGCGUGCGAGAAAAAGCACACGUGUCGUGUGUGUAAGAAGGAGUUCCGUUACGAGUGCCAGCUGAAGAAUCACAUGCGCACACACACGGGCGAAAGACCGUUCCAGUGCUCAGACUGCGGCAAAAGCUUCCGGUGUCUCAGUUUCCUGUCGAGCCACAUCAAAACCCACUCGUUAUCCCGGCCGUUCAAAUGCACGCAGUGCGCCAAGACCUUCCGCAAGAAAGCCGAUCUCAUCAAGCACGUGCGCGUGCACACGGGAGAGAAGCCGUACAAGUGCAACAUCUGCGGCAAGAGCUUCUCUCAGGGCUCGUACCUGAAGAUCCACCGCGAGUGUCACACGUCGGAAAACCUGCACCAGUGUCCGCACUGCGAGAAAUGCUUCCCUACGGCGUUCAAGCUCGCCGUGCACAUCCGCUACCACUCGAUGGCGCGCUCGUACACCUGCAACGUUUGUGGCAAGAGCUUCAUCUACGCCAGCCUGCUGCGGAGACACAAGGGCUACCACGUGGGCGAGCGCAAAUACCUCUGCACCAUAUGCGGCAAGUCCUUCGUGUACAUGUUCGACCUGAAGAAGCACCAGCGCAACCACGAAAAGCCGCGCGUCCGCAUCCCGUGCAGGUUGUGCCACAAGACUUUCGCGGGGCCCGAGAUGCUCCGCUGCCAUCUCCGCAUCCACACAGGAGAGCGGCCCUUCGGGUGCAAGGUGUGCGGCAAAACCUUCUCGCAGAUCGGGAACAUGAAGCGGCACGAGCGCGUGCACACCGGAGAGCGUCCGUACGUCUGUACGGAGUGCGGGAAGACCUACAAGCACUCCUCGCACCUGAAGAACCACAUGCUGAACCACACGGGCGAGCGGCCGUGGCGCUGUGCGCAAUGCGGGAAAAGCUUUAAGUUUCAGGGACCGCUGAAGAAGCACGAGCAAACGCACCGGGCCGAGCAAACCCGCGCACGCAGAAGACACGAAACCAAAAACCCUUGACGGCUGAGCAUCAUUUAAACCGCUCACUAUAUUAGUGGAAUAGUAAAUAUCCAGAACCUGGAUCGGCAAUCCUGAAGGUCAGACCUGCUUCUAAGAACGUAGGGAAGGUCACAAACGUCAGUUCACUUCAGAGGAAGAUCAGCUGUAGUCCGGUAGUGUACAAAUGUGUUGAGUGGGAGGUGGAGGAAUAUUUCUCAGGUAUCUCACACCUGGAAAGCUUUUUGUUUGUGUUUGUUUGUUUGUUUAAAUGGAAUAAUUACUUUACAUCUAUUUUUGUAAUGAUCCAGCAGACCACCGAAACCCCCAAAAACCGUCUGCUAUUCAUGCUAUAGUACUAUUAUCUCUACUUCAUUCAACAAGAAUCGUCCAAAGUCUUCCUUUCAAUCAGAUACUGAGGAUAUGCGGAGAAUAAAAGAGAGCCUGUGGUUUAAAAAUG